CUCAGUUUGAUUAAGUUUCCUUGUUUAGUUGUUUUUGGUGUGUAUAUACUCCCAACAUAAUUCCACUUCCAUGAGAAUAUUAACACACAAGUUUUUUUUUUUUUGCCAAAAUUAAUUAAUUUUAGAGAUCCAAAUUUCUCCACACACACAAAAAAAUGGCAAAUCUGUGCCAGAACUUAGUGUUCUUCAUCACCACCUUCCUUUAUUUCAAUACAAUCAAACCAUUAGAAGCAUGCCAUCCAUGGGAUGAAGAGGCCCUUCUGGAUUUCAAAAAAACAGUCACAGAUGAUCCUACUUACCCUCUGCUCCUCACAUGGACUCCCUCCGCGGACUGCUGCGUCGCGUGGGAGGGAGUGUCUUGCGACAACCAGACAGGCCGUGUCGUGGCACUGUCGAUAUCCGACUACGAGGGGAUCCUCAACGUGUACGUUUCCGGGUCCCUCCCCCCUUCCAUUGGGAACAUGUCCUCCCUCCAAGUUCUUAACCUCGCCGGGCUCCAGAACCUGUGGGGUCCCAUCCCGGAUUCCAUUGGGAGAUUGGUCUCCCUCACCACUCUCUAUCUCAAUGGGAACGGUUUCUCAGGUGAGAUCUCGGACGCCAUUGGGAAUCUCAAGAACCUCCAGUUUCUCGACUUGUCCGAAAACCAACUCACGGGUCGGAUCCCGGGCAGCAUUGGGAAUUUCAAGCAUCUCCAAGAUCUCUACUUGUUCAAGAACCAGCUCGCGGGGAGCAUCCCGGGCACCAUUGGGAAUCUCAAGAAGCUCCGGUAUCUGGACUCGUCGAUCAACCAACUCAGUGGAAGAAUCCCAAGUGGUGUGGGCAGUCUUUCGGCUCUAGUGAGAUUACUGCUCAAUGGAAACAGAUUGACUGGACCCAUUGCUGCAGAGUCAAUAUCAGGCCUGAGCUCACUGGAAGUCCUCGAUUUAUCCUAUAAUGCCCUGACGGGGACGAUCCCACCCGCCAUUGGAGACCUCAAGAAUGUGAAAUGGGUCUUUCUUGGGAACAACAAUUUCACAGGGAAUCUCCCGGAAUCCAUUGGCCGCCUCUCCAACCUCAUGACUCUGCAACUCCACAACAACGGCUUCACCGGAGAAAUCCCAGAGGCUUUGGGAGAUCUUCGCAACCUCGGCGUAUUGGAUCUGUCAAGAAACCAACUGAGCGGAAAGAUCCCUCCCCAGCUGGGAAACCAGCAGGGAUUAUCCUCUUUGGAUCUCUCAUUCAACCCAUCUCUGGAUCUCCGGGUCAUUCCGGCCCUGAGAGUUACAAAUCUUUCUUUAGCAGGAAUGGGUCUCAGAGAGGUUCCCAGCUCCCUGGCUUCUUCAUCCUUUUCAAUUCUUGAUCUAUCAAGAAAUCAGAUCCAGGGAAAAAUCCCAUCUUGGAUGGGAAACAUGACCGCUCUUUCCUCCCUGAACCUGUCCAACAAUGGGUUUCACUCACAAAUCCCAGACGAAUUCAGGAACUGUUCAUCUCUGUCGGUUCUUGACCUCCACUCAAACAACCUCUCUGGGGAUGUGAACACCAUCAUAUUCAAGAAAGCAAGCCAGUCGGGAUUCUUCGAAGUGGGACACUACACGUUCAUAGAUCUCUCAAACAACCGAUUCUCUGGGGAAUUAGAAGACGGAACUGUUCUGGACAAGAUAGAAUCCCUGAAUCUAUCAAACAAUCAGUUCGAAGGGAGAAUUCCGAAAUCUCUUGGGAAUGCUACAGAGCUGGAGACGAUAGUGCUUUCAGGCAACGAGUUCAGCGGUACAAUACCAGAGGAUGUGAUGAAUCUUGAAUAUCUAAAAGAGUUUGACGUUUCUAGGAACAUAUUGAGUGGGGAAAUCCCUGCCCACAAAUCAAAUAUACCCAAGGAAGCAUUUUUAGGGAAUCCUGGCUUGUGUGGAUCCCCACUUCCUCCUUGCAAACAUUAAUGCCCUGUUUUUUUUAAAGUUUAGGGAUAGAAAUAAUGAAGAAAGAGUGAAAAGGGAAGAGUGUGAGAAUGAGAAGAAAUUGUUACUAGUUGU